AUGGCCCACGACGACGAUGCGACGCCUGGCGACGAGGGCGACUUCGAGGGCGACAGCUGCGAGUUGUCGUUCCUGGAGGAGGCGAGCGAGCUGCAGCGCCUCGUCGCCGUACUCGUGCCCUCCGCGCAAACCGAUCAGUCUGGAUCGGUGCAAUGCGGUGUGUCGAAUUUCGGAAUCCGAGAGGCGGAUGAGGAGGCGCAACGAAUGCGCGCGGCGGGCGACGGGGAGAUGCGCGACGACCCGCGGGCUGCAGUGCUGCUCCGCUUCGAAACCAUCUGCGCCAAGUACCGCGAGCAGCCGGAGCUGCUGGACCCGCACCUCGCCGCGCUGCUCUCCCCCGCCAUGGCUUGCCUCUCCGCGCACGCGCUCGCCGCCGCCUCCGCGCUGCCCUCCGCGCUCGCGGGGGGUUCCGCGGGGUCGGGGGAACUCGGGCGGGCGAUGGGAGAGGCGGAGGCGCAGCGGAUGGUGCGGGAGGUGGCGGGGGCGGCGUGCGUGGUGCAGGUGGUGGCGUACGUGCGCGGCGCCAAGGUGGAUGCGGUGGUGGUGGGAUGCGGUGGUGGUGGGAUGCGGUGGUGGUGGGAUGCGGUGGUGGUGGGAUGCGGUGGUGGUGGGAUGCGGUGGUGGGAUGUGGUGGUGGUAGGAUGCGGUGGUGGGAUGCGGUGGUGGGAUGCGGUGGUGGGAUGCGGUGAAGCAUGGUCACUGCCCGACGUGCUGCUGCGCGUGUGCCUCUCCUUCCUGCCCAACGGCCGCCUGCCCGUCCCCCUCAUGCUCGCGCGCCUCCUCUCCCGCCCCGAAAUGCACUCCCCCCUCGCCUGGUUCAUGGCUGAGAGUCGCCGCCUCGUCGCCUCACUCUCUGCCCCCCAGCGCUCGCCAGCCCCUCUCCCGGACGGCCCGCCGGUCAGGGGAGAGGGGGCGGAAGCAGAGGAGGGGGGCGAGGGGUCGGAGGAGGUGCUGGCGCCUGUCGUGCUCACCCUUGCCGCCAUCUUCAAGACAGCCCCGCGCACAGAGCUAGCGCACCACACGCACGCCGUGUGGACCGCUCUUCUCCUGCCCCUCCUCCACUCCACCUCGCCCGCCAACCCUUCCCCCUCCACAGGCUCCUCUCCCCACACCAUGCGUGCGCGCCCUGUCUCCUUGCUGCUCCCCCUGGCCCUCGUGAAGCUGCUCCACCGCCUCGCCCUCUCCCUGCUGCCGCCCCGCCAGCCCUCCUGGCGCUACCAGCGCAGCAUCCACCGGGUGGACGCCCCUCCUGCUGCAGCCUCCCUCGCGCCCUCGCAAUCGCCGGCAGCAGCAGGUGCUGGCCCAGGCACAGAACAGGGAGUGGCGGCAACUCAAUCGCACUCUUCACUAUCGCUUGAGCACCCGCCCUCACCUCCCCUCUCUCACCCUUGCGCUGUUCUCCCGCUUCCCGGCCGCCAGUCAACGGAUGUGCGGUGGGCGGCAGCGCGCGGCCUGGCGCGGGUGGUGGGUGGCCUGCCAGCUGGCAUGGCGGACCAAGUGGUGGCGGCCGUGCUUGCCCUCGUCCACCCGCAUGAGCUACCAUCGGACAGUGCAUGGCAGGGCGUGUGUCUGGCGUUAGCAGAGCUGGCGGCCAGAGGGCUGCUGCUGCCGUCGCGCCUGCACUCCGUCACUCCGCUCCUUGCCUCCGCGUUGCACUACGAGGUGUUGAGGGGGGUGGUGGGCACGGGGGCGCAUGUGCGCGAUGCAGCGGCGUAUGUGUGUUGGGCCAUCGCCCACUCCUUCUCACCGUCUGUCGCUGCUGCCUCCCUGCAGCAGCUUUGCCCUCACCUCCUCGCCGUCGCCUGCUGUGACCGCCAGAUGAAGUGCAGGUGGGCGGCAGCAGCGGCCUUCCAGGAGGUGGUGGGUCGCUGUGGCUGCAUCUCUGACGCGCAAGCCCUCUCCCCGCCCACCACCAGAGGCACCCCGCACGCCUCCACCACCGCAGGCACUGCGGUGGAGAGCGGUGGUGGGAAGGAGGAGCAGUGGGCGCCAGCAGGGGGCAUCGCCAUAGUGAAUGCUGCUGACGUCACGUCGCUCUCCUCCACUCGCACUGCAUUCACUCAGGUGGCACUAUUCGUGGCGGGCUAUCCCGAGUACCGCAAGCAGCUGUUGCUCAAGCUAGCAGCCACCACGCACCACUGGGACAAGUCCAUCCGCGCCCUCGCCGCUCACUCCCUCGCUGUCAUCGCCCCCCUCGACCCACCCCGCCUCCUCUCCCUCCUGCACUCGCACCUCCUCCCCCUGCUCGCCUCCCCCGACCCCCCCUCCCGCCACGGCGCGCUCCUCGCCACAGCAUCCCUCCUCCCGCCCCUCUCCACCUCCCCGCCCUCCCCUGCCCUCGCAGACACCCUCUCCUCCCUCACCGCGUCUCUCCCGAGUCUCCUCGCUCCGCGCUCUUUCCGAGGGCGCCUAGCGGGGGAUCUCAAGGUGGCGUGCUGCCGCCUGCUCUCCGCCCUCGCUGCUGCGCUGCCCCGCGCGCACCUCCCGCCCCUGCCCAAGCCUGCUCUCACUGCUGCUGUUGCGUGCCUGCAUGACAUGCUGGCAGGCGAUGGGGGGGAGCUGCAGUGUGUGCGGGGGCGCUUUGUCUCGUCGGUGCAAGAGGGGGCAGCAGCAGCGCUGUGGGACUUCGUCCGCUCCCAGCCCUCCCCUGCUUGCACGCACCUCGCGCGCGAAAUAGUCGCUCGCCACGUGGCGACUCUGGAGUCUGCCAGCUCAGCAGCGAGUGCCAGGCGAGGUGCUGUGCUGGCGCUGGAGUGCUUCCUGCCCAGCCUCUGCCCCGCCUGGCCGCCCGCCCCUCCCCUUCACUCCCCUGCUGCUGGCGCUGGCAAAGCAGGGCUGGGAGUGGGGAGGUCAAGGUGCGAGCUGGCAGAGCGGGUGGUGAAGGCGCUGUGUGCUGCUGCCACCGACAAUCGGGGGCGUCGUGCCGUGACUGACGUGGCAGUGCGGGCGGCAGCCGUGGAAGCACUGGGCCAUGCUGCCAGCAUCAUUCCCCUCCUGCAGGCGGGUGGAGCGGGCGCAAAGGGGAAUGCAGGGGCGGGUGGGGAAGGUGGGGUGGAGGUGGGGCAGCUGCAGGGGGGGGCAGGGGAGAAGGAGGAGGUUGAGGUGAGCAGGCAGGGUGGGUUGGUAGGACGCGGGUGGUGGGAGGAGGGGGGUGAGAGCGUGGUGGUGGCGUUGCUGCGAGCCGCACAGGACUACACGGAGGACCACCGGGGCGAUGUGGGCCGCCUCAUCAGGGAAGCUUCCAUGAAAGCGCUGGUGGCAUGGGUGGAAGAAGCGUACAGGUUGAGAGAGGCGGGAGAAGGCGAGGUGGGAAAUGCACCAAGUGCAGCUGACGCAGCACCUGACGCCCCCUCCUCUCAGCAGCGGUGCGGUGGGUUGCAGGAGUGGUGCAGAACGGUGGCAGGGCGGGUGGUGGGCGUGCUGCUGAAGCAGGCGGGGGAGAAGAUUGACGGCACUCGCAAGGUGGCGGGGCAUGGGCUGCAGCGGCUGCUGUGGGGGAGCAAGCACGGUGCAGCGAUGAAAGGGAUACAAGCGGCAAGCGAGGAAGCAGGGAGAGCAGAGGCAGUUGAGGCACGUGGUGCUGGUGGUGGCACGCAGGGGGCAUCAGGUGGAGGCGAGGAGGAGAGCGAUGGAGGAGGCGCUGUGAGGCAAUGCGUGGGCGACAGGGCGGAAGGGAGUGGUGUGUGCAGGGAUGUGGAUGGGUGGGAGCAGCUGAGGCAGCACGUGCCCUCUGACCCUCACUUCGCAUGGAAGAAUCCCGUGGCUGUCUUUCCCUGCCUGGCCCCGCUGCUGCUGCUGCCAGCCUACCGCCUGCCGCUGCUCUCCGGGCUGCUGCUUUCCGCGGGCUCUCUCACUCACUCCCUUGCUGCGCCCUCUCUGCGCGCGCUUCUCUCGCUCAAACCAGCACCGGGGCCACAGGGGGGCAUGAUGGAGGCAGGAGAGGAGGGUGGGGGUGGGCAGUGGGAGGAGGUGCAGGGGCGGAUAGCGGAGGAUGUGGUGGUGCUGCUGAGGCGGCACCGCAAGCAGAAUCGAGUCAUUAUUCCAUACAUCAAGGCCAUCGCUGCUCUGCUUCAGGCGGAUUUCUUCGGGUCGCUAUCAGCCGACACUCCAGCUUCACAGCAGCCUGCCACUUCCACCUCCUCCCUCACGACUUUACCCGGGGCGCUGGUGGAGGGAGUGGAGGAGGAGCUGUGCCGGCCACAGCCCACAACUUCAGUGCCCAAGAUGCUGGCGGCCGCAGAGCGCGCCAAGCCGAAGCCGUUCAAGGCGGAGUACGCCAAGUCGGCGCGCGCGAGCUGCCGCAAGUGCAAAGACACCAUCGCCAAGGACGCCUUCCGCAUCGCCAAAGUCGUCGAGUCGAAAACGUUCGAUGCUGCUCGUCUGCUGCUCGUCUGCUUCCCUGUUCGUCUGCUCGUCUGCUCUCAUCCCCUUCACCGCCUCUGUCUCUGCGCCCUCCGCACGGUUCUCCCUAGCACCGCCGCCUCUCAACAGCACGACGUAUCCCCUCCCUUCUCCCCCGCCAGUGUGGGCGACGUGGAGGGGGCGGACGUGCUGCGCUGGGAGGACCAGCAGGCGCUCCGGGCCUACGCCAAGGGGGAGGGGGUGGCGUAUGCUGCAAGCAACCGGUCGGCGUGUCGGCACUGCAGUGAGAAGAUCGCCAAGGGCGAGCUGCGAGUGGCGCGCAUGGAGGAGUCGAGGGGCAUGGACGUGCCGGCGUGGCGGCACGCGGCGUGCAUGGCGGACGAGGGCAUCUGGCCGGAGGGGGCAAGGGUGCAGGCCGUGCAGGGGUGGGGCGCGCUGCAGAAGGACGACCAACAGCGCCUGCUGCAGUUGCUGGGAGGGGGGGGCAAGGGGAAGGGCACGGGCGAAGGUGCGUGUACGCUGUACCUGCAUGUGCCGUUUCUGUGUCCGCAUGCUCUUAUCUCACUGACACCCUCUCCUCCUCCCCCAUCCCCCAACGGCCCUUCAGAGCCCCCCAAGAAGCGGCAGCGGGGGGCGGAACAGGACGGAGGAGGCGAGGAGGACAGCAAGCGCAAGGGGAAGGGGAAGGAGGACGUGAAGUCGGAGGACGCAGGGAAGGCAGAGGAGGGGAAGAUGAGCUUGGAGCUGGAGCGGGCAUUGGAGCAGCAGGCUCGGCGGCUGUGGGAGGUGAAGGACAAGCUGCGCGCACACCUGAGUGUAGCCGACAUGCGCGCCAUGCUGGAGGCCAAUCAGCAGGAGCCAGGUGGCAGCGAGGACGCCCUGAGGGAGCGCUGUGCAGACGGCAUGCUGUUUGGCCCCCUGCCGCCCUGCCAGCUGUGCGCUUCCCCCAUGGAGUAUUGGGACGGGCGGUACCGCUGCCGCGGGUUCCUCUCUGCGUGGUCUGCAUGCACCUUCACCACGCGGGAGGUGCAGCGCAAGGAAGCUGCGUGGGUGGUUCCCGAGGAGAUCUCCAACCCGUUUGUUGAUGAGUACCGGGCAGGGCAGCAGCGGCGGUUCAGCGCAGCAGACAAGAGCAAGGGCAAGGGGCGCGGCAAGGGGAAGGGCAAGGGGAAGGCGGAGGGGAGCGAGGGGGGGGAGGAGGGGGGGAGUGCAUGGCCGCAGCGGGUGCUGCCCCCGGAGGAGAAGCGCAGUGAGGUGAAGCGGGCGAGCAAGACAGGGACGGGCGGGAAGGAAGCGAGCAGUGGGAAGGGCGGUAGAGCAGCGAGGGAGGCACGCGAGGCAGCCAUACCGCAUGGGGGCGUGGAGCGGGAGAAGCCGCUGGAGGGGGUGCAUGUGGUGCUGCUGGGACGGCUGUCCCGCACCCAGGCGGCAUGGCGCAAGGAGAUCGAGGCAGGUGGCGGUGCUGUGGUGCCGUUGGGCAGCGCGGAGGUGGACUGCAUUGUGGCUACCGAGGCAGACGCAGAGAAGAAUAAGGACAAGCUCCUGCCACCCAUCGCCCUGGGAGCAUCGCUCCUCUCAGAGGCCUAUCUGCUGGAAUCGCUGGCGCAGAAGCGCCGCCUGCCCAUGCGCGCGCCCUACCUGCUGCCACUCUCACUGCAGCUCCAGCAGCCGGCGGACGCGCACGCCACCCCCCCUGCUGGUGCUGCUGCUGCUGCUGCUGGUGGGAAGGAGAAGGGGAAGGGGAAGGGCAGGGCGGGCGAGGGGGAGGAGCAGGUGCGGGCGACGGUGCGAGUGAAGGGGCGGGCAGCGGUGCAUGAGGCGUCGGGGCUGGCGGAGGGGGGACACGUGCUGGAGUGCGAGGGGUGCGUGUGGAGCACCACACUCUCCCUCGCUGACCUCUCCACUGGCGCCAACAGGUGCGGCUCCUCCCCUCCCUCGCACCACCACUCGGCCGUGUGCCACAUGCUCUGCGCACCACCCAUCACCUCUUCCCCUCCACCACCAUCACCCAUCACCUCUUCCCCUCCACCACCAUCACCCAUCACCUCUUCCCCUCCACCACCAUCACCCAUCACCUCUUCCCCUCCACCACCAUCACCCAUCACCUCUUCCCCUCCACCACCAUCACCCAUCACCUCUUCCCCUCCACCACCAUCACCCAUCACCUCUUCCCCUCCACCACCAUCACCCAUCACCUCUUCCCCUCCACCACCAUCACCCAUCACCUCUUCCCCUCCACCACCAUCACCCAUCACCUCUUCCCCUCCACCACCAUCACCCAUCACCUCUUCCCCUCCACCACCAUCACCCAUCACCUCUUCCCCUCCACCACCAUCACCCAUCACCUCUUCCCCUCCACCACCAUCACCCAUCACCUCUUCCCCUCCACCACCAUCACCCAUCACCUCUUCCCCUCCACCACCAUCACCCAUCACCUCUUCCCCUCCACCACCAUCACCCAUCACCUCUUCCCCUCCACCACCAUCACCCAUCACCUCUUCCCCUCCACCACCAUCACCCAUCACCUCUUCCCCUCCACCACCAUCACCCAUCACCUCUUCCCCUCCACCACCAUCACCCAUCACCUCUUCCCCUCCACCACCAUCACCCAUCACCUCUUCCCCUCCACCACCAUCACCCAUCACCUCUUCCCCUCCACCACCAUCACCCAUCACCUCUUCCCCUCCACCACCAUCACCCAUCACCUCUUCCCCUCCACCACCAUCACCCAUCACCUCUUCCCCUCCACCACCAUCACCCAUCACCUCUUCCCCUCCACCACCAUCACCCAUCACCUCUUCCCCUCCACCACCAUCACCCAUCACCUCUUCCCCUCCACCACCAUCACCCAUCACCUCUUCCCCUCCACCACCAUCACCCAUCACCUCUUCCCCUCCACCACCAUCACCCAUCACCUCUUCCCCUCCACCACCAUCUCCCUUGCCUGUCCCCGUGCCCCAUCCUCUCUCUUUCCUCCCCUCCUCGCAGCUACUACAUCCUGCAGGUGAUAGAGGACGACAAAGUCGCCCCGGUGCCACCUACUACAUCCUACAGGUGAUAGAGGACGACAAGUCGCCGCGGUGCCACGUGUUCCGCAAGUGGGGGCGCGUGGGCAAGGAGGGCAUUGGGGGCAGCAAGCUGGAGAUGACGUGGCGCGAGAACGCCAUGGAGGUGUUCAAGCGGCUGUUCAGGGAGAAGACGGGCAACGACUGGGAGGCGUGGCAGAAGAAAGAAGGCUUUGAGAAGCAGCCGGGGAAGUUCUACCCUCUUGAGAUUGACUAUGGUGGAGGGGACGAGGAGGAGGAGCAGGGCGGGGCAGUGAUGGGAACAAGGAGCAAGCUGGACAAGCGGCUGGUGGCGCUGCUUAUGAUGAUCUUCGACCUCAAGUCCAUCAGGGAGGCGAUGGUGGAGUUUGAGAUCAACGUGCGGGAGAUGCCGUUGGGCAAGCUCACGAAGCGGCACAUAGAGCGCGGCUUCCACGUGCUCACGGACGUGCAGGCCGCCCUGCAGCUGGCGCCCGACUCCACGGGGCGGCGGGAGAGCGCCAUCGUGGACGCGUCGAACCGCUUCUUCACGCUCAUCCCCACCGUCAACCCCACCGCCAUCCGCACACUCGAGGCUCUCACCACCAAGAUCCGCAUGCUGGAGGCGUUGAGGGACAUGGAGGUGACGUCCACGCUGCUCAGUGCGAGCAAGGGGGCGGGCGAGGGCGAGGGCGAGGGGGGCGAGAAGGAGGACCCGGUGGACCGGCACUACCGCCAGCUGCAGUGUGGGCUGUCGCCGCUGGACCCCAGCGAUGCUGACUACUCGCUCGUCAAGGAGUAUCUGCACAAGACACACGCGCCCACUCACAAGGAGUGGGAGUUGGAGCUGCUGGAUGUGUUCCGUGUGGAUCGCAGUGGGGAGAAGCAGGCCUUCCGUGCCGACAUCAAGAACCACAUGCUGCUGUGGCACGGUUCACGAGUGACCAACUAUGUGGGCAUCUUGAGCCAGGGGCUGCGCAUCGCACCAGCAGAGGCACCUGUUACCGGCUACAUGUUCGGCAAGGGGGUGUAUUUCGCGGACCUGGUGAGCAAGAGCGCGCAGUACUGCUUCACCAGCCCGGACAGCAACAUCGGCCUGCUGCUGCUCUCCCGCGUCGCGCUUGGCGCUCUCUAUGAGCUCACUUCUGCUGAGUACGUGGAGAAGCUGCCACUUGGCAAGCAUGCAACCAAGGGGCUGGGGAUGAUGAAGCCCAAUGAGAAGGAGUUUGUCAAGUGGGCCUCCGAUGUCGUUGUGCCAUGUGGCAAGCCCGUGCCGUCAGGCGUGAAGAACAGCCACCUGCGCUACAAUGAGUUCAUUGUGUAUGAUACAUCACAGAUUCAAUUGGAGUUUCUCCUCAAAGACCGUGAAGUUUAUCCACAAAUAGCGAUGGGAGGUGGUUUGCUGGCGGCGGUGCUGCAGCAGCUGCUGCUGCCGGAGAACGAGUCGCGCAAGGCGGCGGAGGCGGCGUUCAAGCAGCUCUCAAAGGACCCCGCCGUGCUGCUCGCGCUGCUGCACUUCCUCAAGGCGGGCCCCUCGCCCGACGUGCGCCAGCUCGCCGCCGUGCUCAUGCGCAAGAAGGUCGCGGGGCUGUGGGCGCAGCAGCCCGCGGAGGCCAAAGCCAGCAUCAAAUCCGCGCUCCUCGAGAGCAUCGCGCUUGAGCCUAGCCCUGUCGUGCGUCGCGCGAGUGCUGACGUGGCGAGCGUGAUCGCGAAGCACAGCGUGCCAAACGGCGAGUGGCCGGAGCUGCUGCCGUUCCUGCUGCAGUGCUCGCAGGGGCAGCAGGAGGACCACCGCGAGCUGGCGUUUAUUCUGUUCGCGGCGCUGGUGGAGACGAUCGGCGACGUGCUGCGCCCGCACUUCCCCGCGCUGCACGGCAUCUUCGUCGCGGGCCUGCGCGACCAGGCCAGCGCGCGAGUGCGCGUCGCCGCGCUCAAGGCAGUGGCGGCGUUGGUGGAGUAUCUUGACAGCGAGCAGGACGUGGCGCUGAUGCGCGACCUGGUGGCGCCGAUGCUGGACGUGGGGCGGUUCUCGGCGGGCAGCGGCGACGAGGUGACAGUGGUGCGCGUGUGCGAGGUGGUGACGGAGCUGGCGGAGCACCCCGCGCCCGUCAUCGCGCCCUCGCUGCCCGCCGUCAUCCAGUUCGCCCUCGAGCUCGCCAGCAACACAAGCCUCGAACCCGCCACUCGCUUCCAGGCAGCGCAGGUGGUGGCGUGGUGUGCGGCGUGGAAGGCCAAGUGGUUGGCGAAGCAGAAGCUGGUGCCUGUCAUCCUGGCAGCCAUGGCGCCACUGCUCGCCGAGCCCUGUGGCCACACGGACUCGGAGCAGGACGAGGAGUACGACACCUCGCCCAUGCGCUUUGCCGCCCAGGCCAUAGACGCGGUGGCCAUGGAGGCGCCGCGCAAGCACGUGUUUCCGCCCAUUCUGGCGUUCGCCCGCGCGCACAUCACGGACACCAACCCCCACAUGCGCUACGCCGCUGUCAUGGCCAUGGCUGUCAUCACCGAGGGGUGCUGUGAGGCAGUGCGGGGGCGCCUUGAAUCAGACGUGCUGCCGCUCAUAGUGGCGGGGCUGGGAGACGCGCACCCCAAGGUGCGGGGAGCGGCGUGCUUCGCGGUGGGGCAGCUGUCGGAGUUUGUGCAGCCCGAGGCGUCGGAGCACUACAAGACAAUCCUGCCAGCUGUCUUCGCCGCCCUCAACGACGCCUCGCCUGUUGUCAGGGAGAAGGCGUACUACGCGUUGGCGGCAUUCUGUGAGCACAUGGGCGAUGAGAUCCUGGAGUUCCUGGACCCGCUCAUGCGCCAACUCAUGGAUGCUCUCCGCUCAACCGAUAGGGACCUGCAGGAGAUGUGCAUUUCCGCCAUAGGCUCUGCAGCAGCAGCGGCAGGCCCCAAGUUCGCGCCGUACAGCGACGCGGUGCUGGCGGCGCUCAUCCCGCUGGUGUCCCUCACGGCGGAGGCGGACGUGGACGUGCGGUCGCGCGCGUACGAGCUGGUGGGCAUCAUUGGCAUCGCCGUGGGGCGACAAGCCGUGGAGCCCGUGCUGCCUGGCUGCAUGGACGCUGCACUUAAGGGCUUCGCCCUGGACCAGAGUGCGUUGAGGGAGUACGCGCACAGCUUCUUCAGCGACGUUGCCAAGUUCCUCGAAGCUGACUUCGCCCCCUACCUACAACACGUGGUGCCCCUCGCCUUCUCCUCGUGCCGUCUUGACGAUGGCAUCGUGGUCGGCCCAGCAGCCACCGACGACGAUGCUGCCGACGCGGAGGGUGGCGGGCGCCGGCAGCUAGCGGCAGCGCUGGCAGCGGGGGAGAUCUCGUCAGACUCGGAGGAUGAGGACGAAGAGGGGGCACUGAGGGGGCUGCGGGGCAUCAGUGUGCGCACGGCCGUGCUGGAUGAGAAGGCUGCUGCUGCUCAGGCCAUCGGCGCGUAUGCGCAAUACACCAAGGCUGCUUUUGGCCCGUACGUGCAGGAGGCGGUGGGGGUGCUGAAGGAUGGGGCGGACUACGCACAUGAGGACGUGCGCCUGCAGGCAACGCUCUCCCUGCAACAUCUGGUGACAGCAGCGCUGCAUGCCUUCCCAUCCGCCCCGGGCCAG